AUGGAUUAUGCCGGAUAUGACGAGAGUCUGUAUAAGCCGUUGUUCGAUGCUGUGUGGUGUGGGGAUUGGGAUGAAGCAAAGGACUCUUCACCUGGCAACAUAACUAGAACACGAGCAUAUUGUGGAAGAGUUGGUGCAGUUGAUGUCAGAGGAAGACUUGGAAUUACAGAUGAUGAGGGUUGGACAGCUCUAGCUCAUGCUGCAAAUAGAGGAAAUCUCAAAAUCGUUGAAUGCAUGGUUAGAAAGAGCAAGAAAAUACUUAGUAUUCCCACUGAGGACCCUAAAAUGACUCCAAUUAUCUUGGCUUCUCUCGUUGAACAAUGGGAUGUCGUUCAUUGUCUUUACUCCAUCUCUCCCCUCCAAGAUCUAAUGCCAGAGAAAGGACCAUACAGCGCUGGACUUCUUUGCAACUUUAUUAUUGGCAUGAAACUUGGUAAGAGUUUUAAUUAA